AUGUCAUAUUCAACCAGACAAAUUGGUGCUGCUAACACUUUAGACUUCAAGGUUUUCAUUGAAAAAGAUGGUAAGCCAGUCUCCCCAUUCCAUGAUAUUCCAUUGUAUGCUAAUGAAGAAAAAACUAUCUUAAACAUGAUUGUUGAAGUUCCAAGAUGGACCAACGCCAAAUUGGAAAUCUCUAAAGAACAAAAAUUAAACCCAAUCAUUCAAGACACCAAAAAAGGUAAAUUAAGAUUCGUUAGAAACUGUUUCCCUCACCAUGGUUAUAUUCACAACUACGGUGCUUUCCCACAAACUUGGGAAGAUCCAAAUCAAUUACAUCCUGAAACCAAAGCUAAAGGUGACAAUGAUCCUUUAGAUGUUUGUGAAAUCGGUGAACAAGUUGGUUACGUUGGUCAAGUUAAACAAGUCAAAGUCUUAGGUGUCAUGGCCUUAUUAGAUGAAGGUGAAACUGAUUGGAAAGUUAUUGUCAUUGAUGUUAACGAUCCAUUAGCUUCAAAAUUACAUGAUGUCGAAGAUGUUGAAACCCAUUUACCAGGUUUAUUAAGAGCUACCAAUGAAUGGUUCAGAAUUUACAAAAUUCCUGAUGGUAAACCAGAAAAUCAAUUCGCUUUCUCAGGUGAAUGUAAAAACAAGAAAUACGCUGAAGAAGUUAUCGGUGAAUGUGCUGAAGCUUGGGAAAAAUUGAUCAAAGGUUCAGUCGAUCCAAAAGGUAUUGAAUUAAGUAACACUACCUUAUCUUUAGCUUCAACUGUUGAUGCCAGCGAUAUCCCAGCUGCUUCUCCAUUACCAGCUGCUCCAAUCGAUAAAUCUGUUGAUAAAUGGUUCUACAUCUCAGGUGCUCAUUAA